UCCUCUGUCUUUGUCAAACAGGAUGCUGCUACUUUAUUUACUGUGCCAGCAGCUGAGGUCUGCUUCCUGAGUUUUCGUCCAACCUAAGGUAGUUACACGAGCAGAAAGGAAGCGUGUGUUUGUGUGAAGGCGAGCGAGGGACAGCGUGUAAUGCAAAUUUGUUAGAAAUAGGAAAAGAAAAGAGAGAGAGUGUGGAAUGUUGUGAUGUCACCAGCUAAGUCAUACACGAAGCCAAGAAGGACACACAAGCACUCACUUUCCCUCUAAGUGUGCUGUGGAACGUCCGAACCCAGCUCGUGUCCUGCGCAUGGCUGCUGAUCGGUGAGGAGAGCUUGUAUGUGGUAAAGGAACAUCGCAGCAGUGGAUUCGAGGACCAGGCUGUGCUUCGUCAUCAUUUCCAUCAUCCUCAUUUUCAAGGCUCAGAAUAUAUAAAGGAGUACCACAUCCACGGCCAUGCUACAGCAGAUCUUGAAGGACAUGUACAUCGACCCCGAUGUGCUGGACGCACUGAACGAUGAGCAGAAGAAGACGCUCUUCCUGAAGAUGCGCGAGGAGCAGGUGCGACGCUGGAAGGAGCGUGAGGAAAGGGAACCGCUCAAACCCAAACCAAAAACAGCGCGUGGCAAAAGCGUGAGCUGGCUGCUGGGUCGAGAUGGAGACGUGCAUUUCGCUGUCAUCGGGGAGGUGGAUGAGCUUAAGUCCCCAAAGAUCAUCUACUCGGGGUUCGCCGAGAUAAAAACAACCAGCGUCCUUCACAAUUCACACAACCACCCCAAAGCUGUAAAAAGCAACUUGGCGAACCGACCGUCAGCAGAACCUGUACGAUCAGGCCGGGAAAACCUUCCUCCCAAAGACCAUUCAGGAGUUGAGCUAAACUUUAAGGAGAACAUUGACAAAGAGUUAAGGACUCUGGCGCCCCCACAGGUGCCAGUAGAUGAAGAGAUGCCACCUUCACCUGUAGAAUAUGUAUCCCAUCAGCCGCAGGAGAGCAGAGAUAAUGCUGAGUCAGGACAGUCGGAAAAUGACACUGCAAUCUUGUCCUCGAUUUGCUAUCGGCCCCACUUGAGAUCUUGUCCCCUGACACCCUCGGCCCCCAGUAGCCUUGCCCAUACUGACACAGAGGCCAGGACGACCAAUCAGCUGCCUGAUACAUCUAGACUCCGUCCUCAAGACACCCCCAAACCACAGAUCAACAGAGGAAAAGAUUUCAAAGUGGUCGCCGCCUCUAAACGGAAGUUUUCUAUGGACGUGGGGUCCAAGAUAAAAGAGGAAAGUUGUUUGGGGCGGGGCCGUGUGGCUCAACUCAUGAAAACUUUUAGUGUGUCUGAGGAGUCAGCGCCCUCUCAAGCCACGCCCCGUGCCAACAAACCUCCGAUUCCGGAAAAGCCUAGUCACUUGAGGCCACGCCCCUUACCCGCCCUCAGGUAAAUGACUGGUCAAGUGAAUGACCCCGCCCCUUUAGGACGCUGAAGGACACCCAUCAAGAGGUCGUCUUAGCCUCUCUCAGGAACUAUUAUGCAUUAGUUACCAAAGUAAUGCAGCAGGGUAAAACAUUUUUUGCAAUUGUAUUUGUUUUGUAUUUUUGUAUUGUUUAUGCAGUGUAAGUAAGUUGUACAAUUUUCAGCAGGAAUGAAACAUCAGUCAUAUUGCCACAUCAAUCUUUGGGCAAUAGUGUUGUCCUGACUGUAUCACAGCACUGAAAUCAUAUUUUCGAUUGUGUGUCUGUUUUUAAGGGUCGCAUGAAAUCUUGAUAAUCAGUAUGAGAUUGAGUUACUCAAAACUAGAAAUGCUCCACACUUGACCAGACGUUUACUAUAAGAUCUCAUCCAGUACAGUGUUAACCUGGCUCAGUUUGUCAUUUUGCUCUUAUAAUAACAUUUUCAUCUUUUGUAAUCCAGUCAUUGGUCAUGUGGCAGCAGUCACCUUUCAUACGUUCUUCAUGUAUAUUGUUUCUCACUGUCCCAUUUGCUUGCACUUAAUUCUGUAUUUUGUUAACUUGUUUUCUGGAAGAGUUUAUAUAAUUACGCUUGAAAGUCUCAUCCACACGUUCAGGACAAGAGUGCAAUAUCGCCUCUGUAAUAAAAUGAUCAAAUCCCUUCAGGCUCUGGUAACAAUUUUCU